AUGUCGGGCACAAAGGCCGCCAACAUGUCUGGUGUCAAGAGGAAGAGGGAUUCCAGCAAGCCCGAGCGCAGCGAAUCCAAAUCAAAAAGCAGGCGCAAAUCACCCAGCGACGACGGCGAGGAUCUCCAAUCCGAAAUCCUACAGCUCGAAAAACAGAUUCUCGAAUCGCGGAAACACUACAACAACAUUGCCACUCUUCUGGGGCGGGCGAGACAAGCAGACGCCGAGAAUGAAGGACCAAUACUCGCCGCCGUCGCCCUCUGCCGAGUCUUCUCACGACUACUCGUAACAGGCGACAUGGUCAAGAACAAGGGCAUGAGCGAGGCUGAGGGUGUCAUUGUAUCGUGGCUGAAAGAGCGCUACCGAGAGCUCUGCGAUGUCCUGUUAGACGACUUCCUCCGCAGCGAACACCCCCCGAAGCAGUCUGUGGCCUUGACACUGGUUAUGCGAUUAGUCAAAGAGGAAGCAAAGUCUUCCAAGGAUUACAAGAUCAAGAACGGGCCACUGCCGAGACUCAUCCGGGUGUUGCUGUGCCUUCCCCUCGACGAUCUGAAUCGCGACGAGUUUGCCGAGAAGUACCUCAAGCAGUUUGACGAUAUCCGAUACCAGACAUUCCAGACCAUCAAGGAUGUACUUGACAGCGAUCUCGACAUCACAACGCGCCAACUCGUAGCUGCCAAUAGCUUGUCUCUUCUGUACACACUUACCGAAGUUCCCAAGUCCAAGACCGACAUCCAAAGCUUCUACGUGCAGGUGCAAGGGAAGAGUCCGAUACCGUCUCUUCAGGCAUACAAGGAGAAGGCGCAAGCAGCAUGGUUAGCGACCAUGCGAACAGGUCUCUCUAAGGAGCAACGGAAGACUAUCCUGCACAAUUUCUCUCACCAAAUUGCACCCUGGUUUCAGCAACCCGAGAUUCUGUCAGACUUCUUGACAGACUCCUACAACGUGGGCGGCGCAACCUCUCUGCUGGCUUUGUCUGGAAUCUACUACCUCAUCUCAGAGAAGAACCUCGACUACCCAUCCUUCUACCUCAAGCUGUACUCCCUUUUGGACGAUGGCCUCAUGCACUCAAAACAUCGAUCGCGUUUCUUCCGCCUGCUAGACACUUUCAUGUCCUCCUCCCAUCUGCCCGCAACCCUCGUUGCCAGCUUCAUCAAGCGUCUCUCGCGACUAGCGCUCCAUGGACCACCAGCCGGUGUGGUCGUCGUGGUACCCUGGGCCUACAACAUGUUCAAGAAACAUCCAGCCUGCACAUUUAUGAUGCAUCGCGAGAUCCGGGACCCAGCUCUGCAGGAGGAGCUGGAAGAGGAGGGCAUGGACGAUCCCUUUGACAUGGAAGAGCAAGACCCUCUCCUCACAAACGCCAUCGAAAGCAGUGUCUGGGAGCUAGAGGCACUGCAAUCGCACUACCACCCUAACGUAGCGACACUGGCAAAGAUUAUUUCAGAACAGUUUACCAAGCGAGCGUAUAACCUGGAAGACUUCUUGGACCACUCAUACACGGCCCUGCUUGAUGUCGAACUAGACCGUGACCUCAAGAAAGAGCCAGAAGUCGAGUUUGAGAUACCCAAGCGCAUCUUUACCGCAGACGAAGGACUGAAUACGUUUGGACAGUUGCUCACGCAGGUUGUCGAAUCAAGGUAG